AUGCGCUUGGGUGUUUUUUCUCGGAAUAUUCGCUCUAAACAUGUAUUUGAACCAGUCGAAUCUCAAGUAACCGACUCCAAAAGGGCAGAAGAAGAGGUCCAUACUCCCUCCAUUCUUGAUGAAGCUGAAGACGUAGAUCAAACCAUCCGGGAUUCUAACAACGCUGCAGGAAUGGUUCAUAUUAUGGCAGCUGAAUCAUUUGAGGGCCAGAAAACACAACAGGCUGAGGCCUGGAGACCCACAAGCACUACCCAAGCUCUUGAGAAGGGAAAGAAAUUACCCCCACUGCACCCUAAAAAGGUGUUUAUUCCUCCUCAGCCACAAGAGGAAAAGGAGGAUACAAUGAGCAGUAAUCUGCCAGAUUGGGAAUUCACUCAUGGCAACAAAGAGAUUGAGGUAAAGGACACUCAGGAAGUACUACAACACACUGCUAAUGAUGUGGAGAACAUUUCUAAUGAUGGGAUACUAGUGAAAGAGAGGGUCUCCGAAUUGCCACCUACUUCAGCUGUUCAUGUCUCAAUUCCUUUGCCUCAAAGCUUGGUUGGACUUCCUACUCCCUUCUCUUCAAGUCGGGCCCCAGUGCCACUUACCACCCUUACCAGUGCUCCUGAGAAGCCCAUCCUGUCCUCUUUUUCAACAGUUGGCUCAGACUCAUCACCUACCAUUAUUUCGAGUCAUGAACUUCAGGGUAGGAGAGCAGCACCCACAGUCGAAAAUCCUACUCUCCCCAUCUCAACCAUGACCAAUGCUAGCACAUUGGUGCCCGGAAGCUCAAACCUACAACCUCCUCCCCAAGCCGAGCACCAGGGGAUUUUAAGGGAUGAAGAGUCUAUUCCCCAAAUAGGCCCACAUGCUCAGGCAGGAAGUUUGGCAUGGAUCAGGGAAACCAGUAUUCAAGUUCAAGGACCUGGGUUCUCUCCUGCGGGCUAUUCAAUUUUGGAGCAAAUAUUUACCAAGUAUGGGACAUAACUGCUGAUUGCUGCUUUACAGCGCCCCAGUUUCGAGCCCAGUUUCUAGCCUCCAUAGUGAAGAUUGUGCAACUGAUGCAGCAGCACACUGCCCGAGAACUAUCAGAUGCAGAUAUCUCCUUUAUUUGUAGUACAUUGAGCGAUUUGGAGAGGGCACAGGUUAAGGUUGAUUGGUUAAGAACUCAAUUUGUUACUGUGGGGCCUCUGAUUCACUAUGCACAGGCUGAGGCCAAGAGGGCCAUGAUGCUCACUCACUUGAGUGCAAUGAAAGUUGAAAUGGCACAGCUAGAGCAUGAGCUGGAUCAAUCUGAGGCCAUCUUGCGAGGCUUGAAAGAUCAAAUGCCUGACUGGCUUGGAAUUGAGGAUAAGCUUGGCAAGGGAUUAUUGUAGACCAUUUGCUCAUUGUUUUCUGUUUGUUUUUUGAAGCUUGGAUGACUUGAGGAAUAUUGGCAUGUUGGAGUUCACAUUUAUCAGAUAAUGAUCCAUGGAAGCUUAAACAUUAGCUGACUAA